CAGCAUCAGAGCUGAACAUAACCAUAGUGGAAUAACAACAUUUAGCUCAAGUUUUCUGACGUUCACUUUAGUUAUUGUCAGGAUGAAGGUUUUUUUCAUGAUCAUUUUUACAAGUCAACUCUUCACAUCUCAGGGGCAAGACUGUCAGAGUGGACAGGAAGUGCUGAAUGCUCUUCGGCAAGUCCAAAAGCUUCUCUCUGCCCAUGAGACGUCUUUCCUACAGAGUCUGCGGAGCCUCCGCAAGAAACUCAGCCUGUUACAGAACAGCACAAUAAAACACAACAAAUCCAACACAGACAAUGAGAGCACAGGAUCAGACUGUCCUCCGCCUGAACUAUUGGUUAAUGGACGGGUCCUAGGGAAAGUCUAUAAGUUGGGCCAUGCGGUUCACUACGUGUGCAGCCCUGGGUUUCAGCUGAUGGGACCAGAAACCAGAGUCUGUCUGGACUCCCAGAACUGGAGUGGAGCUCGGCCGUACUGCAAGUUUGUAGACACCACUGUAAACAACGAUGCAUCCGCCUCUAUAUCAACAUCCUCUUCAUCAUCGUCUCAUCCUCCUGUCUCCGUCUCCACCCACAUGAGAGCGUCUCGCUGCAUUCAGUUUCUGGACUCCACCCACUGCACCUGUGAGCAGGGCUACAGCAUCUCCAGCCACAACAGGACACUUUGCACAGACAUUGACGAAUGCGAGCUCUUCCGUCUAAGUCGUCCCGGCCGUCUGUGUUUGCACACCUGUGUGAAUACGCCUGGAAGUUUCCACUGCGAAUGUCCCGCCGGUUACAGCCUGGGCCGCGAUAGCAGGAGCUGCCAUGAUAUUGACGAGUGUGUGAGAGCAACCCAUAACUGCAGUAGUGCACAGGUGUGCGUGAAUACAUACGGAGGCCAUCGUUGUGUGGAUGUGGACUGCCCUCACUUCCGUAACGCCACGUACAUCAAAACCUCACCACUGCGUUGCGACCGUAACCCUUGCAUCCAAGGAGACAUCACCUGUUUCCAGGCCCCAACCUCCGUUAACUUCCACUACAUGUCCAUGGUGUCCAAUAUGUCCACGCCCACUGUCCUCUUCCGGUUGUCCGCAGCCCGCAUCGUGGGAGACACCCUGCGCUUCGGCCUGUUGGGGAACCGAGGAGUACAGCACUUCACCGUCCAGCGCUCGGGCAGACUGACGGGACAGCUGGUGCUGGUGAACUCUGUCCAGGGUCCCACUACGAUAGAGGUCGAUAUAGAAAUGAGCGAGAUGGAACGAAGGGUGCUUCUUGGGCGAUACGUCACGAAAGUCACUCUCUUUGUGUCACCGUAUGACUUCUGAGAAGCAGGAGACAGACGAUGGACUGAUAUUGGGAAAUCAUUUACAGGCCAGAUAUUGGGGAAUGGGCCUGCGGAGACGAGAUAGCAGCGCUAUUAUACUAUUUCAGAGGUGCCAAUUUAUGAGGACAAAAGAAACUUGCGUAUGGUCAGAGUAAUUUAGUUCCUCAGAAUAGGGGAGGAACAUUCAUUUCUUCCAUUUGGACUAAAGUUUUUAUGUAGUGUUGUAAUUAUUAACAGUAUGACAUUUAAUUUUAACAUGGGGGGAAAAAACAUUCAUUUAAAAGAAUUUAAAGACAUUCCGGGACAAAUAAGGAUGUCAAAGACAAUACAAAGAAGAAAUCUUUUAAAAUGUAGUUUGAAAUGAGUCAGCUUUUUAAAAUUAAGCUUUGUAUCCAAGUUGGUUUAAUGGGUUUUUAAAAAAAAAACAAUUUUCAAGAUUACAUCAAAUGACUUUAAAAAUGUCAUGUGGUGUAAUUAUCAAGUAAAAGGUAAUUCUUCAUACUUUGAAUACAUUAUUUUCAAAAAGGUUUUAAAAACAUUCCUUACCUCAUGCAUAGUUGAUACUCUCGUGAAUGGUGGUGGAUGGUGACGCAGAAGAGAAGAAAUUGUUGAAUAAAGUUAUUUUAAUUUUUUAUGCGCACAAAAAGUAUUCUCGUAGCUUUAUAACAUUACGGUUUAUAACAUCUCUUUUUUUACCAAAUUACAUAAAUUACAAAAAUAUUAUAAUUUGUGUUCCGAAGAUGAACAAAGGUCUUACAGGUUUGGAAUGACAUGAGGGUAAUUAUUUAUAAUUUAUUCUCAUCAUUUUAAUUUUAUUCUCGAUUAUUUUGACAUUAUUCUCAAAAUAUUUCAACUUUAUUCUCGUAUUUGCAGCUUUAUUCUUAAAAUAUUUCAACAUUAUUCUCGUAAUUGCAGCUUUAUUCUUAAAAUAUUUCAACAUUAUUCUCGUAAUUUUAACUUUUUCUAAAUAUUUAAACUUUAUUCUCAUAAUUGUAACUUUAUUUAAAAUAUUUGAACUUUAUUUUCAUAAUUUCAAGUUUAU